AUGGCCGAGGAGGAACAGCAACAGCCCGAGGUGAUCGGCGCUUCCGAGACCAAGGAGGCCGUUGCCGGCGAGGAGGACGAUUUCCGUUCAGUAGUCAGGCCGGGGCAACACGCCAUGUUGCCCCUGAACUUCGGACAAGGCGACCUCGUUUAUUACGUGCCGGACCCUCGAAGGCCAAGGGCAAGGCAAGGCCCUUACAAAGUCUUGAAGGGCAGAAGCGGCGGCCGCGGACAUCCCCCGCUGUACACGCUGGAGGGCUAUGGCAGAGAGGUGUCGGAAGCGAACCUGGCCUAUUAG